AUGGAUAUGAUGCAUCGUGAGUGGAACUUAACGAAUAGUGAUGUCAGUAAUGCUCAGACAACUCAUUUAUCACAUCCGCAUUCAUUGUCGCGAAAAUUAUCUGAUCACAAUACUAACAAUAAUAAUAACAAUACUCAAAAUCAUCAUCAUUCACAACAAUCUCCUCCCGUGAUUACAACAACUGAUUAUAGUGAUCCACCAUCUUUAGCUGUUUUACAUGUUUCACAAGCUCUAUUUCAUCGUAAAAGUUUAGAUGCUGGAUAUGAUACAGAUGGAGGAAUAGAAACAUCGGAAUAUAUACCCAGACGUCAUCAUACGAUGAGUCAUAGUGUCGAGCAUUUAGUAUCACCAAGAUUACCUUCAAAACAAUAUAAGCAAUUACCAAUUAUUCCAACUCAACGACGUUCAUUGCAUGAAAAUCAUCUUACUGUUAAUCAACUUUCUAAUAGUGUACAAAAUCAUAUCGAUAGAGAAAAUGAAUCUGCUCGGGAAGAUAAAACACAUCGUCGUCAUAUCCGUCUUAGUCGACGUAUUCAGCAAUCAUCUUCUGGAACUCAAAUUCAUGGAACACAUGGUGUUCAUUCAUCUAUAAUACCACGUCAUGAUGGAGUCCUUGGCACUGUACCUACAGGACGACCAUUACGACUAAUUUUCAUGCGUCAUAGUGAGCGUGUUAAUCAAGCUUUAGGAUCUAUGUGGUUCAUAAGAGCUUUUCAAUCAGGUACUUAUAAAGUUUAUGAUCCACUUCUACCAAAAGCAUUACCACGAAGAAAUUCUGAUCAUGCAUAUGAAUUUGAUGUACCGCUAACAGUUCAUGGUUUAAAAAAUGCUCGUCAUACGGGAAGUGUCAUGUUAAAUCUUAAUAUAGUACCUGAUGUAUGUCUUUCAUCAAGUGCUCUUCGUUGUAUUCAAACAUCUGAACGUGUUUUGACAGGUAUGAACCGUUGUGAUCGUGUUCCAAUUCGUAUUGAACCAGGUUUAUUUGAAUGUCCACAUCUUAAUCAUAAAAUAGUCGAGAGUCUUAUGACAAAACCUGAAUUAGUAGAAAAUGGAUAUAAUAUUAAACUUGAAUAUAAACCAUUAAUACCAAAUCUAACUACACCUGAAUCAUUAGAUGAAUAUUUUGAUCGAGCUACUACUGUUAUGCGUGGUAUUAUUAAUCGAUAUGCUCAUCGUGGUGGUAAUGUACUUAUUGUAACACAUGCACCUGGUUUAUUAGCUUUAACAGAUGCAAUUAAAGGUAUACGACCUAAUCAUGACACAUUCUAUCGUACGGUAUCUGCUUAUCCACCAUUAGCUAUUUAUAUAGCUGAAUAUGAUGGAAUAAAAUGGAAACAUUCUGAACAACCAUUUUCUAUUACUCCUGUUGGACAAUAA